CUCUGCUCCGCUCCCCACAGAGAUGGUUGGUGGUCGCUGCCUGAGCUGCCUCCUGGUGUACACGGCCGCGCUGCUUCUCGGGGUCUCCCGCCACGAUGUGGAGGCUUCAGAAGGAAAAACUGUCAUUUAUAAAAAAGUUGGAGACUCUGUGGAGCUUUCAUCAAAUUUACCAGCUGAAGGCAUCGCCAGGGCAGAUUGGAGCUAUGGCAUGAAAGUAGCAAUCCAAGGUUCAGGUCUUACUGGAAACAAUCCGUUUAAAGGCAGAUCAACAUUCAAUAACACAACCUUUAGUUUCACAAUAAGAGGCCUGACUCUUCAAGAUUCUGGUCAAUUUAUUUUCAACGCAGAGGUCAAAGGCCAACAACGUCCAGUCUUCAUCACUCUGCAAGUUCACGAGCCCAUAUCCACAACUCCCAUUGUGUUUUCCAACAUCACUGAGCCUGGAUCAGAUGGAUCUUGUUCAGUUUUUCUGGAGUGCAAAGUAAAUAAUCACAGCAACGUCAACUACAACUGGACUGUGGGAACCCAGACCAGAAACGGGCCCAGACUGCAAUACAAGAUUACACCACAAGAUGGCAACACCACAUUCACCUGCAAUGCCUCCAAUGUUAUCAGUGAGGUGUCAGCAUCCAAAAUACUGAAAUGCAGCUCUAUUGACGGUAUGUUCAGAAAGAAGUCACGUACAGGAAUACCACCCCUAGUCUUGAUUAUCAUUGGAGCAGGAGGAGGUCUACUGGUCAUUAUUAUUAUAGUCAUAGUGGCGAGCGUAUGUCUCUGCAAAAGGACAUGGUCCGGCAGUGAUUCAAACGAACUCACAGUUUAUGCCGACAUCUCGGAUUUUUCAUCUGAAGUCGCGCCCUCUGAUAAACCCUGCUCUCUGUAUGACACCAUCGAAAGCAGGAACAGUCCGGAUCACCAAAUGCCUCAGACGAUCUACGACAAGAUCCAGAUUGAACGGAUGAGGACGGCUUCGGUGUCUCCGUACCAGGAGGUUUCCUAGACGGUUUGAACCUUUGCGUUUCGGUGCACCUCAGGAAAAAAAAAAAAGUCAGAAAACACCCAGUGGUGUUUAAUUUUGCUGCAAGGCUUAGUCAAAUUCUCAAAUAAUACAUAUUUCUGUGGAUGAUAUGCAAAUUAAUAAGAAAUAUUUGAUUUGAUAAAACCUAAUUUAGGGGCGGUUUGCAAAAUGCACACGUUUAUCGUUCAUUUAAAAUUUGCCUGUUCUUUUUUUUCCUAAUUUUAAAGCUGGGAAGUUUAUAACUUUCCGUUUUUAAAUGUGCAACCGGGCCCUGUAACUUAUAUGUUUGUACAUCUUGUAAAUAUAUAGAUUAUAUAAAAUUGUAUAUUAUGCAAAUGUUUGUCCUGUUGAGGUUCACUUGUGUUGCCGUUCACCCAGCUGUACAUAUGCUUUUUAUGUUUUUUUUUUAUUUAUUUU